CAUCUUUUUGUUCCUGUUCAUUACAUCCUCUUCCCUCCCAGUUCUACACACACACACCAGUAACAUUCUUGCUGCACCAAAAUCAUCAUCAUGCAUCGGUUCAUCACAACCACUGCCCUCGUCUUCUUCUUGCACCUCCUCAACCCGCUCCCCGUCCUCGGCCUAGACAGCUUCAAAACCAGACUCCACGAGCACUACAAGGAGUCCCAAGCACGCAUCAACACGGAAUGCAACAUCCCAUUCUCGCCCUCAAACCACUCCUUCUGCCAUGCUCCCACGCUCUUCUGCCCGGGCACCGUCACGCCAAACGGCGACUGUCCAUCUCUCCACCACUGCUUCCUCCCCGCCAACCUCGCCGACGGCCCGUCCUUCUCCCCCAAGAACGCUACCGCAGCAAACACCACCACCACGACCAGCCUCACCGCCCACCUCGCCGGGGAAUGCUCGCCCAAAGUCUCGAUCCUGACCACCCUCUUCGUCAUGAACGUGCUCGACGCCUCCAAGGAGCUGCUCACCGGCCACCAGCACGUGCGCGACAAGCUCAACCUCUACCGCCUCGUCCGGCCCAGCGCGCGAUCGACGACAGCCUGGACACCUGCCACCGGGGCCUUCCACGCCGCGACCGAGAUCCUCAUGUUGCUGGUCGUCACCACGAUUGAGCGUGCGGGCAACGCCGGGAUGGGCUUUGGGCCCGCGAUGACGCUGUGGCUGAUGCGGCCGCGCUGGAGCUUCCUGCUGCUGUUCUUCGUCAAGGGGCUGGCGGUCAGCAACUUCAACAAUACCGUCUGGGACGUUGUUGUGCAGGAGAGUAUACUGAGUCUGGUGGCGCUGCCGGGAGCGCUCGGGUUCUUGUUUGGGAGUGGGAAUGCGAAUCGGUGUGGGCUGGUUGGGUGGGAGCGCAAGGAGGCGGAGCAUUUUCGGAAUGCGCUUGGGUUUCGGGUCUUUGCGGGCGCGGUGAGUGCGUUGGUGGUGAGCUACUUUUGUGUGCUGGCUUUUAAUCGGAAGCUGGAUACGCGGAUGGAGAGGAGGGGGAAUGGCGUGUUUGGGAGUAUUGCGGCGGAGAAGAAGUUGAUUUUGCCGUUGGUGGUGAGCAUGGGCAACUAUAUCUGCGACUGGAUACUUUGGGGCAGUGAGUAUUGCUUGUUGUGUUGUGCAGAGCGGCUGGUCUAACGAUGAUUGCGUAGUGUUUGUUCGAUUGGCGGGCGACAACUACUGCGACAAAGGAGGCGUCACGCUGCUCAUCAUCAAGGCAGUCGAAGUUGUCCUGGGAUCAGUCUUUAGGCCAACAUGGACCAAAGGGGACAAUGGCCCGGGCAGAGCAAGAUUCUCGGAGAAGUUUUCUACGCCCAUGACAUUCC